AUGGUGUCGCAUGCCACCACGACGGUCUUCGCGGGUGUUCCUCCCGCGAACCUCUUGGCUGUGGGUCGGGCGGACAAUUAUCGCUGGCUGGAGGCCGCCUGUAUGCGUGGGGAAUUACCGCCCCCUAGUGCCAUCGAGGUUGCGAGGACCAGGACAUACUCCCGGGUUAUCGACCAAUGGCGGGAGCGCCUAGAGUGGAGCCCGGAAUUUGCCGGCAACAGGAUCGUGCUCACCGGACAUUGGUGCUUUAAUGAGUACCUAUGUAGAAUUGGAAAAGAGCCGAUCACUAUAUGGCAUCACUGUGACGCCGAGGUCGACUCCUCGCCGAGGUGGUGUGUGAGGACUUCUGAUCAUGCUGCCGGCAUUGAUAGAGGCCAUGCUGAGCAGCGAGGAGAUGUGGAAGGAGGUUUCCUCCUUCAAUGA